AGUCUGUCUCCAGUGAUUGACCGUUACAUCCCUUUCGCGUUGCAAAAUACGCUUUUUUGAGAUCUCGUUUUGCAUUAAAAAGCUCCAGAUCCAACCGUAUUAAUCCAAAAGAGUACUGGUGUUAGGUCCUUGUAGAAGAACACAAGAAAGUCAGAACUGCGGAAGUGAAACCACAAUAAUGCAUCCGAUACCUUCACGUUCCCUGAGUAACGGGGACAUAUUUGACUUUGUACAGGGAGGAAACCUUGAGCAGUGCAAAGCCAUCAUGCAAAACGACCGCUCGGUCCUCAACCAAAAAGGCUGGGGUGGUUUCACUCCGAUGCACUACGCUGCCCUCCAUGGUAACCGAGCCCUGGUUGACCUUUUCCUCAGCAACGCCGCCGACCCCAACCUGACCUGCGACGCGGGACAGUCAGCUUUUCACUUUGCUUGCAGGCAAGGAAACAUCGACAUCAUUCAUAAAAUGAGACGGCACGGAGCCGACCUGCGUGCGGUAGACCUGCAAGGAAAAUCCUCUCUGCAUCACGCUGUGACUGGUGGCAGCAUCGUUGCCGUGCACUAUUUGUGGGAGACGGAAAUGUUCCGUUUCACAGACACAGACACGCACCGGAUGACCCCCCUUCAUUUGGCGGCAUCGACAGGCAACACAGAUAUGGUCCGGUACCUCCUCAGAGACCAGCGUUGUGCCGUGGAUGCUGUCGACCAACAGGGGGCGACGGCACUUCACGUGGCGGCCGAGCGAGGAUGCGUUGAGGUCUGCUGGACUCUGCUGCAAAAAGCCAAGUGCAGGGCCCUGCACGAGAAGAACCUCAGCGGACUCAGACCGUUGGACCUCAGCAAACAAGGGAAAACAUUUCGGCAUCGCCAACUCACCAAACUACUGAGCCAGUAUAUGAACAUGCCAAUCAGCCACAAGCCCAAAGACUCUAAUGUUUUGUACUACUGGAUACUGAUUUUUCCAAGUCUGAGCGGAGCCACCAUUCUGCUGAUAGCAGCCAUGUUGGGAGGUUAUGGUGGUCUCCUUUGUGGUUUACUCUUGCCUUGCCUGGCCAGAAGCAUCUUCACUCAGUACCACCGCAUGGCCGCAUACCAGAGAGAGCAGCUGUCUUCAUUUCAGGUUACCCAACCCCAUUUACCCGGGGACCCUCAUAGCAGGCUUGCUCCAUUCCCUGGUUUGCUUUUAUGGGAAAAUAGCGCCUACGCCCUGGUCCAGGUGUCGACGGUCCACUUCUGCUUAGUCCUCGGUUUGUUCUUUAAGAUUCUGACUCAGGACCCCGGGAUGCUGGAAUGCGCUGAUGCGGACCCUCGGUUCUCCUGCAUCGCUGACCUAGUUGAGAAGAACCAAAGCUCUAACAGGUUCUGUCCCUACUGUGAGUUAUUCCAGCCUGACUACACUAAGCACUGCAAGUUCUGCAAUGUGUGCAUCCAGCACUACGACCACCACUGCCUCUUUCUAAACCGGUGCAUUGGCCAGGCUAACCAUCGCCUCUUCCUCAUCUUCAUCCUCUCCGUGCUGACAGGCCACUUCUUGUUUGUCGCCACGGCAACAAGGUACCUGUACGACAAGAUGUCAGCCAGCGGCAUGUUGUCGUGGCUCACGUGCCUGGGGAGUGAGUUCUGGGUCACGGGGAUGACGAUUAUGAAUGCCGGGACACUCUUGUGGGAGGUGUGGCUACUGACAGAGCAGUUACAUGCCGUCGCUAUGGCAACGACGACUUACUUCAGAUACUAUGGAAAUGUGAGGCGGCACAGGUCACUUGGACAGCGCUGGAUUACGGUGGUGACGUUUCUGCUCGAGGGACGGAGACAGUUGGACAGCGGCCCUACAAGCGAUGACAACGUGCCAAUAGACAUUUAAAACUGUCACAGCUUGUAUUUAGUUUGCUGACCAUUUGCAGUAUUAGUCCAUUAGUCAGCAAUGGAAAAAUUCUAAUUAAAAAGAAACACAGCAACAUGUUGCUAAAUGAAUGGCUAGUAUCAUGGUUACAUCCAUGGGUGUACUUCAUGAAGUUAUCUGUGAGUAUUUUCCAUGACAUUAUCAGUUACAGUAGUAAUGUGGUGCUUAAAGCUUAUGCACGCGUGUGUGUCGAUAUUUUAGCUUGUUGGAAUGCUACUGAGAGCAUAAAUAUUCAUAGGUUUUUUUUAACACUGUGUCAGUGACAAUUUUUAAUUGAAAUUUACUCAGGUUUUAACAAUAUACUGUAUAUGUACUGGUAUAAUACAAUAAUCUUUCAUAAUUAAUAAAAGAUAAAAAUGAGAUCUAGUAUCCUCAGGAAAAAAAAUCUUGAACAUGCUACCCACAUUAUUUUAAAGUUUUGACAUAGAGUCUCUGGUCCAUGUGUGUUAUUUUUAUUGUUAUAUUUUUUGACAAAUGUUAUACAUCUGUUCUUUUUAAAUAUGUUUACUAGAGUGUAAAAUGCUAAAUGUAGGGGUAUCCCAAAUAAAAGCAGAUGUAUAAUUAGCUGGUGGUAAUGAUAAAUCAAAGAUUG